AUGUCAUUAUUUUUAAAAGAAUCUUUGAACGAAGUACAAACUAAAUUUUUGGAUAAGAUAAUACCAGAUUUACAUGAAGAUUCAAUAAAUUUAAAUAGUUUUGAAAAAUUCGAUGAUUUGUUACAAUUCCUAGAGAUAUCGUCCUCGGUAUCACCAUCUACUUCAUCAAUAUCAAUUCAAUCAGACUCAUGUUUUGCAAAUAAUAAAAACUUGAUAUAUCCAUCGGUGGAGAUCUUGCAUCUAUUAUUAACAUUAUGCUCAAGAAGUAACAAUUUAAAUUGGACUCAAAAUUCUUCAUUAUCCAAAAAUGGAAUAGUUGAAUCCUUAGGUCAUAUUAAAUUGAUAAACAGCUUGUAUAGUGAGUUUUUACACAAGAAUCAAUUAAACCAGAGAUGUUUUAUCAUAUUGAAUAAUUACCUUAAAAUUAUUGACAUCAAUAAUGACAAAAUAUUGUAUGAUCUACUAUUAACAACCAUGAAUGGUUUAAUUGAAAGAAAGAAACAAAAUCAACUGCCGACUCGUCAAUCACAACUACCUUUUCAACAACAAUCUAUAACUUCAAUGCUACAAAGUGAAACUAAUAGUCGAAGAACAUCACCGAGAAGAUCCACUCCUCCAAUGAAGAGACAAAAAGUGAAGUCUGAGAAUGAAGAGGAAAAUGAUGAUGAUGAAGAUAAAGAUAGUACAUAUAUAGUUAUAAGCAAUUCUGAAGACGAUAGUGAUAUCGAUGAAAAAGUACCUAUCAAGAAAGAAACACAGGUUAAAAAAGACCCUGAUCUGAAGAAUAAAAAAGGUUCCUCAGCUUCGCCAUCACCGUCCAAAAAUUCCAAAAAUUCCAAGAAUUCGAGUAUAAGUAUAUUUGCAAAAAGUGAUUCUAAAACUGAGACGUGGGAAGGAAUUCGAAUAUUUGACGAAUCAUUAUUAAAGGAAAAACUAACUGCUCAUAGUAACGACUUCAAUAUAUGGAAAUUGGUAAAUUGGACAUUUUACUGUUCAGGCUUAUCAACAAUUUAUUACCCACUACAAAAGCAAAGUGAAUGUCAUUUAAUCUACCAGUCACAGUCAAACGCACUAGAAAUCAUAUUCGGAUAUUUUGAAAUAAACCUUGUGGAACAAUUGAACAAGAUCUUUGAUAGUGCAAAUAAUGAUCCGAUAUUAGAAUUAUAUCAAAAUUCUAAUUCCCCAUAUACCAAACUUGCCAGUUUGAAAGUUGAAGACAAUUCUAGCAUACUAUUGUCCAACUCGGUCAAAACAUUAGGUUUUUUACAAAGUCAGUGGUAUGACCGAAUAGUUGAAUUUGUCUUUAAUGGAUUAUCAUCAAAAUUAGUAUUUCCCAAAACAUGUUAUGAGCAUGAAACAAUCAUGAUUGAAAAAGAAAACAAGUAUAAAAAAAAUCAAUCGAUAGCACAUAAUGAUCUAAAGAAUGAAUGGGAUCAAAGUUCAGAUAACAUGACCUCAAUGAAUUUAAGAUUCAAAAUAUGUUCAAUUGUAUUUUAUUGGAGUUUGGUAUUUGAGCCGUCAUUGUCUUCUUCACAACGAAAUCGCAAAUCAACCAUGAGUUUGAACUCUGCUGUGUUUUUACGAUUUUUGAGAGAAAAAAUUAAGUAUAUUGAUUAUAGAUAUUUGAUUGAAUUUUAUCAUUCACUGCAAAUACCAUCAAAAAUAAAUUCAGAAUAUAAGAAGUUAUUUUUAGUCAAUGUAUCAAUUGAAACCUUAAAAGAAAUGAUUGGUAAUAGAAUGAUUGAAGAUGAUGAAUUUCAAAAUUUUAAACUUUAUCAUCAUUUAAACAACCAAGAUACUGGUAAAAAUAAAAAUUAUCAAAUACAAAAUUUAGAAACAGUAACAAAUUGGAUAAAUAAUUCUAUAUUAUAUACACAAUUAACUGAAAAUGUUACAUGGAAAUCUUUUAAUGAAUUUUAUCAAUCUUGGAUGAAAUUAAAUUUUGCUUUAGAAUGGCUUUUAAGUUGGAUCUUGGAUGAUUUGUAUAAUGAAGAUUUGGAUAUUUAUAAAGAUACUAUGAUUUAUCAAAAAUUCAAAAAAGCCGAUACAUUAAAGAAAGAAAUAUUUUUAGAGUUUAUUAAAGUUUGUAUCUUGCCCAAAGCUGAGUCAGGUCUCGAAUUUCAAUUAAAUGAUGAUGAUGUUGAACUGAUGAAAGGAAAAAUCUCCAAAUCCGAGCAUUUUAGUUCCAUUUUGGAAUUAUAUUUAUAG